UCCCUACUGCCAUUUUGUGGCAGAGGCUACUCUGCUAAAGCGGGAGAGGGAUUAAAACUAACUGCGAAGAAGAAGCCUGCACAUUUCUUACCAGCCUGGUAAACUUUGUAUAGCACAGCCUCUCUGCUUUCGGUGGAGUUGACCGGGGGGGGAGAAACCGACAGAAGAAGAGGUUGGCAGGGACAGUCAGGUAGCAGACAUUUGAUUCAGCAAAGCUCAGGGCGUUCAGCAGCAAAGCAAGAUCACCGUUAUCACAGCCCUGCAUGCUGCAGCCCAGUCUACAGAAAGCAUGUCAAUCACAGUCAAUUUAUCGUUGCUAUUCCAGUUCCUACCCACCAUGGACGGAGGGCCAACAGAGAGUGUAGGGGUGGUGGAUGACACCGCCAAAGACUUCCCCUCUAUCCAUGCCGUUCACAGCCAGGAUGCCAUGGUGGCUGACCUCCUCCAGCAAGCUGCAGAGGCCGGGGGCGUGGUAGAGGGACAGGCUGGAGUCGUCCUGGAACAAGGUCAUGGGGAUGGAAUGGUGGCAGCCACCCAGCAGCAGCUGAUGGAAGCUGGGUUGGGGGUUGGUGUGGAUGGCGGAGCAGGGGUUGAAAUGAUGGUUAUGGACUCACUGGAUCCCACCCUGUUGCAGAUGAAGACUGAGGUGAUAGAUGCUGCAGUGGGAGGACCAUCAGGGACGAUGGGUGGAGCUCACCAAGCAACCGUAACAACAGUGGACCAGACUCAAAUCAUCACACUACAGGUGGUAAACAUGGAAGAGCAGGCAGCUCUGGGUCUGGGUGAGCUUCAGCUGGUCCAGGUGCCUGUUUCUGCCUCCACUGUGGAGGCCCUGCAGCAAGGCACCUUUGUAGACACCACUGCUAUGCCAAAGGACGGAGACCCAGUCAUCUGCCACACCCUGCCGCUGCCUGAGGGCUUUCAGGUAGUUAAGGUUGGAGCUAAUGGGGAGGUGGAGACAGUGGAGCAGGAGGACGGGGGAGAAGCCCACCCCGAAUUGGAAGAAGAUGAUGAGGUGGGCAACCAGCUGCUGGACGAAGGGGAGGAUGAACCCAUGCCGCCUCCUAAUGAUGACCCAAACUGGGCUAAAGACCCCGACUAUCAGCCUCCAUCUGGAAUGAUCAAGAAGUCCAAGAAGCUUACAGUGAGGUUUAAUCACUCACUGUCUGUCCAGGGUAAAAAGAAUCGUUUGCGUUAUGCUGAAGGAGAUAAGGAUAUGGAUGUAAGUGUCUAUGACUUUGAAGAGGAACAGCAGGAGGGCCUUCUCUCUGAGGUCAAUGCUGAGAAAGUGGUGGGCAACAUGAAACCACCCAAACCCACCAAGAUCAAGAAGAAAGGAGUGAAGAAGACGUUCCAGUGUGAGCUGUGUAGCUACACGUGCCCUCGACGCUCCAACCUGGACAGACACAUGAAGAGCCACACAGACGAGAGACCUCACAAAUGUCACCUGUGUGGAAGAGCCUUCAGGACGGUCACCCUGCUAAGAAACCAUCUCAAUACACACACUGGAACUCGUCCACACAAGUGCACAGACUGCGAUAUGGCUUUUGUGACAAGUGGAGAGUUGGUUCGUCAUCGUCGCUACAAACACACACACGAGAAACCCUUCAAAUGUUCCAUGUGUGACUAUGCCAGUGUGGAGGUGAGCAAACUAAAGCGUCACAUUCGUUCCCACACUGGAGAGCGUCCGUUCCAGUGCAGUCUUUGCAGCUACGCCAGCAGAGACACAUACAAGCUGAAGAGACACAUGAGGACACACUCAGGAGAGAAACCUUACGAGUGCUACAUCUGCCAUGCCCGAUUCACCCAGAGUGGAACCAUGAAGAUGCACAUUCUGCAGAAACACACAGAGAAUGUGGCCAAAUUCCACUGUCCACACUGUGACACCGUCAUCGCACGCAAGAGUGACUUGGGUGUACAUCUUCGUAAGCAGCACUCCUUCAUUGAGACUGGAAAGAAGUGUCGUUAUUGCGAUGCCGUUUUCCACGAGCGCUACGCCCUGAUCCAGCAUCAGAAGUCCCAUAAGAACGAGAAGAGGUUCAAAUGCGACAUGUGUGACUACUGCUGCCGCCAGGAGCGCCACAUGGUCAUGCAUCGUCGAACCCACACCGGAGAGAAACCAUACGCCUGCAGCCAGUGUGAGAAGACCUUCAGACAGAAGCAGCUGCUGGACAUGCACUUCAAACGCUACCACGACCCCAACUUUGUCCCCACUGCCUUCGUCUGCCCCAAGUGUAGCAAGACCUUCACUCGCAGGAACACCAUGGCUCGCCACUCUGAGAACUGCAGUGGUGAGGUGGAGGAUGCCGAGAAUGGAACUCCACCCCCAAAGAAAGGGAGGAGAGGAAGAAAGCGAAAGAUGAGGAGCAGGAGAGACGACGAUGACAGCGAGGAGGAUCAGGCUGAACUGGAUGAUGAGGAGGAGGAGGGCGAAGGCGAGGGCGAGGAAGAGGCAUUACUGCUACAGGAAGAGGAGGGGCCAGAAAGCAUGGAACUGGACCAGGCCCCCGCCGCCAUCCCAGUACCGGCUCCCGACGAGCCACCGGUCAAGAGGAAACGAGGCCGACCCCCAAAGAACGCCCCCAAGCCUCCAACACCCAGCAAAUUAGUCAAGGUGGCCGCCAAGGCUACUGCUUCUGCUGCUGCCAUCAUUCAGGUGGAGGACGAGAGCACCGGAGCAGUGGAGAACAUCAUAGUGAAGAAGGAGGACGGCGACGCCAUCGCGACGACGCCUCUGGACCAGGGAGUGGCCCUGACCGUGGAGGGGGUGGGGCUGGACGGGGAAGGGGUGGAGACUGUUGAGCUGGCUGUGAACGAGGAAACGGCGGCCACCGCCGCCGCCAACGGAGAUUUAACGCCAGAGAUGAUCCUCAGCAUGAUGGACCGGUGAACUCGAACACACAGCCGCACAUGUAGCCAGACUACGAGUAAAACUGGCAAAUCCACACUAACAUCUCCACGUCCCCUGGCCUCAUGCACCAUCUGUGUGAGCUUGUAAUGGUCAUUUUGCCUCCAUUGAAGUGGCUGCAAAAAAAAAUGAUGACAGCAGAAACAACCAUGCACAAAGAAGGGAAGCCGCAUGUAAAUACUUCCACACAGUAACUUCACAUCUAUGUACAUCAACUGCAUACUGAUGUCUGUGGGUCUCACACACACACACAAUAGCAGAUCCCGCUGCACAUACCUGUGUCAUCUCCCACAUCAUAUACAGAUAUCGUCCAAGCUAAUGACAGACUGCUCUCUGCUCUUAAACGCUUUUUUUUCAGUUUGAAUGUCUUCUGAAUGAAUCAUUGUGUAUUUUGCUACUUGUUUCUGCCCGAAGCCACAUCCUGUGUCAGCCUCUACCCCCCCACGCUCUGCAGUGAACGUUCUGCUCCCUCUCUAUGUUGCUCUGCCAAAAGGAGACAUUAUCUAUGAUCUACCUUCACUUUUUACUUGCUUGCUGUUCUUGCAACUACGCUGAUUUUGCAAAUUCCAAGCCUUUGUAAGUGUAAAUAUAGAUAUACAUGUAGUUUUUCCUAAUGAAACGUAGUAUAUGGUACUUGAGUUUGCUCUCAGUCAUAUGAUCUGUAUAUUCCCCCGUCCCCCGUCCCCCAAAGUAUGAUUUUCCUCCUUGGCCUGUGUAAACACACGGUCCAUGUUGUGGUGUUUGUACAUUGAGGCUUUUAUAGAAGGAAGUUAACAGAGGGAUUCUUGUGUAUUCAUGAGCAAAUGGGCACAGGCAGAUACAUUCAAAUUAACUGAAGUCAGCGAUCGCAGUGUUUCUGCUUUUUAUAGUUCACGUGACGUCCACACUGCCAGCAGCCGACCUCGCUCGGAUGGAAACGUACCCUCGGUCAGCUCGUGUAAAUGAAAUACUUGAAGUGGCUGCUACUUUAGUUUCCCAGCACCAACAUAGUUUGAGAUGAAGUUAUUUUUUUUCAACUGUUUUUCUAUUUUCUCCGUCCUCUCGCUGAGGGAAGAUAUUUGUCAUUCAUAGUUAAUGUUCCUUCUCCUCCUUGUUCCACAUUUCGAUGAGGUCAUGUGCCAUCACGUGAAUUGAAAGAUCCCUGCCGGUCGGAGAAAAUAACAGAUAAUCCUGAUUUAGUGGGUAAAACGUUGUACUAUAGUUGUGAUUUUUGAACAUUCCAAAUACUUCACUUAACACGGAAUUAUGUCUAUGCACCUGAAUCAUCUCACUUGAAGUAAACAGGCGGUAACAAAGUCAAACAUCGUUUUGCAAGAUAAUACCAGCCGCUCUUUAUUUUUUCCUUUUUAAAUGUAUUAAUAUGAAGUUAAUAUUGUGCUUGGGACAGAUCUCUAAGACCAGAUCGGGAAUCAGUAGCCCCUUUCACACAGCCUGCUCUGUAUAGAAGGUACAGAGAUGGAACGGCAGCGGAGGUAGUCAGAGAGCCGAGCCGACGUCUGUGCGACGGGGACAGCCGGCACAGCGGGACUACACACACACACACACACAUACAUACUAGACGCCGACGCUGUUGUGUUUAACGGCACGCCUCUUCUGCUGCCGUGAUGCCGACAUGCGACCUAAAGUCACACCCUGGAGCUGUGGCCGUCGCUGUGUGGUUCAGUGUAAAAAAAAGCAAAGCUGGCAUAAUAGCGGCUCUUCUUUAUUGUGGGAUCUCUGUGUGAAAGGAGCUAAUGUGUCUCUCAAACACUCUCCCCUCCCCCCACAAUAAUCAAUGAUCACCAACUAUGGCAGGUGGUUGGCAUGUAAAUACACAUUUAAAACCCUUUGCUUUUUGAUUUAUUGUGAACCUUUUUUUAAUAUUUUUAAAUAGCUGAUUUGGAGAUAUGUUGGUUAAAAGGGACAUCGAGGUUUUCAUUUACAUGGUGAACAUGUAGCUCUGUGUCCUGAACCCGUAAAAGGUGAUUUCCAUCAUGCGCUCCUCCCACAGAUGAGGGAGUCCCCCUCUUUAACCAACCAAACUGAAUUGAACUAAUUUGAACCACUAUCAUUUUUUCUGUGUAUAUUCUGUUGCUCAUAGCCGUUUUGUAUCUUGCUGUUUUGUUUUCCGUUUUCAUUUCUGGUCAAUCUGCAGUUGCUACUGUGUCUCUCUGCGGUUGGUUCAGUUCAGUAGUACGACAGAAACUUUUGUCUCAUCCGGUUCUCCUUUAACCUUUGUGAGGUUAGUUUCACCUGUAAGGGAACAACAGGUUUUUGAGUAUCUGUCUUCUGAAAGACAAAACUGUUUGGCACUUAUCUCAAAACGUAUACUGAAUGAAGUUCAGCCGGUAAAUUGUACAUAAGUGUAUGUGACUCCCUGAGCUUUCAGCCGUUGUCAGCUGAUACAGAGCUAUGUCUUCUCCUUAUCCUUGCUUUGUAUUUACAAAAACACAGGGAGGGUUUAAGAUCGCUCGGGUGAGUUAAGGUUUGAACAAAAAGGAUGGUCUGAAUUUCAACAAAUCACAUGAUUUGAGUCUUCUGAAGAUGUUAACCCUGAGACGUUCCUAGUGAGCUGGAGCACAAGUUCUGCUGGUAGUUAUGUGGCCUUCCUUUUACUACAACCUGCUAUUGUUUAGAUGGAACCAUUUCCUCUGUAACAUCAGCUAGAUGCCCAGUAUUGUAAAAAACCAGGCUGUAAAGAAACAGAAAUGGUCACAGAAAGAUAGCAGUGCCAAGAUACUGACAGAGAGUGUCGGGGGAAAUCUAUGUUCAUUUAUCAUAAUUGACACUUUUGUAAGAAUCUUUCAGUAAAACAUCAAUUCUGUGACUGCCCAGCUGUGGCCUGAGAUGUCAUUCUGUGAAAGAAGAAAGAACAAAAUGUUCUGUUAGCAACCUAUCAUGUUCUUGUUCUGCAGGCGGAUGGAUGGAAGAUGGCUGUUUGUUUGACUGUUCUCAUAGUUACAGCGUUGCUUUUUUGUUUGCACAUUGUUUUGUUUGUUUGUUUUGGCAGAAGAAUCGAGAGAACGGUUUUAAAGAUGGGUUUUUAAACACAUCCCUGUUUUAAGACCAGGAAAAACAGAAAUAACCUUUUGUCGUGUCAUUUUUUUGAAGAUGAGACACUGUACAGCUGAUGAAAAAUAAAAUCAUCCUUAUGGGCCCA